AUGUUCGCAACAAAGACUCUACGGCAAGCCGCCGCCCACGCCGAGCGAACUCCCCUGAUCCGCUUCAUCGGCAAGCGCACCAUCCCAUCAUCCGUCGACCACUCUCCCCAUCCUCACCCGGCCUCGCCCACCCACUCCCUCCCCGAGAACUUCGCCAAGCACCACGAGCAGGCCUCCUCCCACAGCUCCUUCAGCUCCUACCGCGACCACGCCCAGCAGUUCGGCCCCCUCCGCAAGACCAUCAAGUCCCCCGCCGACGCCGGCAUCGGCGGCACCCCCGGCUCCGACCUGGGCCCCGUCAAGCCCCCGCAGGGCAUCUACUUUGACCGCAACGAGCUGCCCGCCCGCUUCAGGCGCACCACCAUCACCGAGGCCGAGAUCGAGGCCCUCGAGAGCGGCGGCGCUACUCUGUUCGCUUGA